AUGGAUACAAACGGCGCGGGGCAUAUUGUGAGUGCGCUGGAGAUUAUCUACUCGCCGAAAUCUAGCAACCAGCAGCGACUGGAAGCUCAGAAGUUCCUCGACCAGGUGAAGGAGCACGGCGAAUCGCCGUUCUGGGGGUACGAGAUCGCGUUGAACAACGGGCAGAAUUCGAUUCUGAAACACUUUGGUCUGGGGCUGCUGGUGCACGCUCUGCAGAGGCAUUGGAAGGAUUACGACCCGGAAAAGCGCGUGGCGCUGCGGAAGUGGGUACAGGAGCUGAAUUACCAUGUCACUCCGGAGGAUCCCCGCUACAUCAAGGAAAAGCUGGCAUACCUGUGGGUGGAGGUUGCGAAGAGGGUGUGGGGGGAGGCGUUGAAGGGGGACGAGGUGUCGGAACACGCGCUCAUGGAGUCCUGGGUCGAUAUGGACAGAAACCUAGCGGAGCUGUGGCAUAUGAGCGAGGCAUCGCGCGAGUUGACGCUGAUUAUAUUUCGGACCCUUUUUGAAGACACGUUUCUGCUUGAGGACCUGACCGUUUUGAAGCGUAUUUCGGUUGUACAGCCUCUUUGUAUUAUGAUUCUAUGUCCACUAGAUCUAUUUAGUGAACACUACAAACAUACCGAUAAGUGGCAACUGUUCAAAAGCCACCCUGAGGGCUGGUUUGGCAUCUGGGUCAGUGACCUCUUGCGGUCUCUGGAAACCAGCAAUACCCAAUAUACAUUGAGGCUGUUAGAAACUUUAAAGACCUGUCUGAACUGGCCGAUCAGUGAUGUUGUUGUGCGAUACGAUAUUUUGGGUGCGCUUUUGAAGUGUCUUCUCUCCGACAUCCCACGAGCACAGGCUAUCUCUCUAGACUCCAUCCACAUACUUUUAACCCGUCCGUACAACUCGCACACACAUUUUGAUCACAUCAUCAGCAAGGUGUUCAAUAGUAUGAGCUUGUUGGACAAAGUAUAUGAAAACCUACAGUUUAACCCGCAGCACGGUGUUGACGAAAGCAAGUAUCCAAUUGUUAAAAAGUUUGCUGAUAUGAUAACUUGCCUGCAUAAAAGUAUACUAAGGUUCAGUGCCGAUGAUAAGAAUGUCGAACUAUACCUGCGACUAGUAUUAAAGACGACCUAUAACCCAAGUUUGAUCGUGAGUGGAAUAUCUCUCGAUUUAUGGUGUACUUGUAUCCGAAAUGAUGAAUUCUUGCCUAUCCUGGAAAAAUACGUCCUUUCUGAUCUGCUCGAGUUUUCUGCCAACGCUUUAGUUCACUAUGAGCAGAUAGAUGGACAUAUAUCAAAACACUAUGCGGACGUGGACUUCCAAUCUAUUUCCGAUUACAAUGCAUUCUGUUCUACAUAUCGGAAAAGAAUUAGGGAUGUUAUCCGCUUGAUUUCUUGUAUCCAAGUUGAUUAUGUUUACGAUUGGUUGUGUGCGCGGCUAAACAAUUACUUUGGUUCUGCAUACGGCCAAGAAAUCUUGAGCUCUACGUUUCUAAACCAUAAGGCUGAACCCUACUGGAGCUCGUUAUCACAGCUGAUGAUUGUAGAGUGCUUCAUAAACGGCUGCAUUCGUUGGAAAAUUUGGUACACAAAUGAGGAGGAUUACAAUAAGAAAUUGGAAAUGAUACUGGUAAAGGUUGAGACUCUUUCUAAUCAAUUGAUAUCCUUGAACAUACGGGAUCCCUUACUCCUGAAGAAACAGAUCCAAAAUUUUGCCUUAUUUUUAACAAUACUCAAAGAUAACGUUUUAUUCACACUUCUCGAGAAAAUUAUCACGAGCGCAACUAUGGACUACCCUGAUAUCAACAUCGAAGAUAAGACAGAAAAGUCCGACGCCGUCAGGGAACUGAGGUAUGCAUGUGGGAUAGAACUCAAUAGAAUGGCGCUACUAAUGCCGGACAGUCUAAAGGAUAUCUACUCUGACUUAGAGAAUGUUGUUGCUGGUAUUAUGCCGAAGUUGACGUCUCAUGAAACUAUCUCGUUCAAGUCAUUCCUUUUGAGUAUAGCGCUAACUUCAUCGAUGGAUGACAAAGAUUCUAGAUUUUCAGCAAUCGUGGACCCUGAGCUGGCUGCUUGGUCGGACAAGAGCACCGUUGUUGGCUUAACAGAUCUACCUUGGUUUUUGGAAAGACUUGGGAUUGUUAAGAUUACUGAGUAUUUCCAGAAGAGAGGUAUCGAUGAGAACAGUAAUCUUUUGGCCGUCCAGAUCGAUGAAGAAGGUAAGCAAUUAAAGGUCGACCUUGCGAAACAUUGGCAAACGUUAUUCCCUGUUCGCGCAACCAGAAUGUUCAUACACUAUUCGAUGCAAACAGUGAAGGCAAAUGAAGACUUUUUGAAGCUACAAGAAUUGUGGAAACCUAGGAUCGUUCCUAUCAUGCCAUAUAUUCUGCGAUUGUUGUAUCAAUUACAAUCUUAUCAUGACCCAGAAAAUUGGAAAGAGCUCCCAAUAGUUGUGCAGUCAUUUAUCAACUGUUCUACGAUCGAACGUUUUUGGGAAGCAGGUGCUACCAAUAAAUCAAAAGACGAAUUCAUCGAUGAGCAUAUGAAGGCUUUACAAACUGUUCGUGAUUUUGCGGAUUCGGUAGGGCACAUCGUCCGGUAUACUAGAGAGUAUGUUCUUUUGAUUUUGAGCGGUAUUUCCAGUCUGGGAAGUAUCUUCUAUGAGAUUGAGGACAUUCCAAACUUAUUGAUGGACUCAAUUGCCAUCUAUAAGCCAAAUUCUGAUGAUAUUAGCCCUGGUGUCUCUACUCAUGGUUGGAAGCACAUUAUAAAUGUAGCUAUCCGUCCAAUCCUAAAAGGAUGCCCGGAGCAAUGUGCGCCAGCUUUUAUGUCCCGUUUCUUGCCUAAAUUGUUUGACACUAUGGCGGUAAUCUUGUGUAAAAAAUGGUCUGCUUACAUGAACAAUACUAAUAUGAGCCCCUCUCCAGUCGAUGACGAUGAAAUGACAGAAGAAAUCCUUGAGGAAAACCUUUUACGCCAAUUGACCACUGUGGUUGUCCGUUUACUCAUCGAUUGUGUCGGACAAGUCGGAACUUCUUCCCAGGUUACCAAGUUAAAGUUGAGCCCCCAUCAAAUUAAAAUGCGGCGUGUUAUCUUCGGUGAUAUCAAUGUCAUGGCAUCGUACCUUAAGCUCCUAAACUGCCUAAUCUCUUUUAGAGAUAGCAAAUGUUCCUUCAACGCAAUAUUGAUUAUGAAGGGCAGUCUAACUGAGACAUUGAUUAAGCAUGAAGAUGUUGAUAACUUUUAUAUCACAGAGAUUCUUCCUAACUUCCUGAUGAACGUUUUGACCCAGAAUGCCUUCAAAGAUUCCUUCCACGAAGCAAUGUACGUCUUCACUGUGGCUUUUUUGACUUUGUGCAAGGAGCGUGAAAGUUGCCGCACGUAUUUCUACGAUCUAUCUCGUGGGUACGAUAUUAACUCGUUGUAUGAAAACCUAAGAAGAGUUGACAAUUACAAAGACCAGAAAGUCCUCAUGGUGGAUUUCAUCGAGUGGAUUAAAGCUGUCAAAGGUGACCCAGAAGAUGUGAACGAGGAUGAUAAUAAAAAGAGAGAGCGUAGAGAAGCAGUUUUGGCGAGAGCAAACGAACGGCUUAUUAAGAAGAAUAAAGACCAAGGUGAUAUGUUAGAUGAUCCGAACACUGAAGAUGGCGCCUUCGGCCGCUUGUUUGAUGAUCACUGA